AUGUAUGCUAUUCAUAUAUAUGUAAAUGGAUUUUAUAUACCACUUGUUAUUGCAUUUUUACCAUCAAAAUCAUUUGAAUGUUAUCGGGCUAUGUGGAACUUUAUUUGCCAUUUAUGUACAAAUAAAUUACAAAAAAAUUGUACACCAUUAUCAAUCCAUUUAGAUUUUGAAAUCGCAGCACACAAAGCAUUUCUAAAUGUAUUUCCAUACAGCAAAAUAAGAGGCUGUAGAUUUCAUUUAGGUCAAUCUUGGUACCGAAAAAUAAAUUCUUUGUCAGAUCUUAAAAAAUUGUACAAGAAUCAGUCAUGCGAUAUCGCUAAAUGGUUAACAUUAUUUUUUGGGUUACCAUUUUUACCGUCAAAUGAAGUGGAAGAUGCUUAUUUUGAUUUACAAAACUUAACUCCAGAUUUCAAUUUGACAAUUUUAUCCGAAUUUUCUGAUUAUGUAUUUAAUAACUAUAUCAUUGAAGGAUGUCCAUUUCCACCAUCAAUUUGGGCUGAACCUCCAACAGACGCACCUCGCACCACAAAUUGCGCUGAAUCAUUUCACAAGCACUUUAACUCCCAAUUUUAUUCACCCCAUCCUCCACUGACUAGCGUAAUUGAAAAUUUAAAACUUAUACAAGUAGAAUCAUAUCUAAAAAUAAAUGAAAUCAAGAAGGGUAAAAUAAAACCACGACGUAAAGAGGAAAAAGAAAAAAAUACAACUUACUUAUGA